CCGUGUUAGGGUCUCAAUCAAUGAUAAGGCAGAGACGGAGAUUGUUAUAAAGUUAAAAGUCAAUGACUGUUAGUAGCUCUACCUUUGGACCGCUGCGGUUAAUAGGGCCAUGAACCUUUUUCUUUUUCUCGCUUCUGUAUCUGGUAUACUGUCUAUUCCAGUUUUUAACCCGAAUACGAAAAUCUCUCCGAAAAAACUGAAUGGCCUAUCUCUGAAAUAUCUUUAUGUGGGCGAAAGAGGAACGAUUCAGAGAAUAAAAACUUCCGGUUAUUGGUUAACAGUUGAAGCAACAGCCAAUGUAACCGAACGCGCCCACCUAAGAACAGCUCUAACUACUGCAAGAUUGACAAAGCAUAUGCCCUCCUCCAUAUUCCAUUCUUUGUGUGUGAACGCCAAAGUGGGAGUCUUCACUAAAGCAGAGGGUAUGACGUCAUUCUUAGAGUACGCUGCUCAACGUGACACUCCCCAGUGCCAUCAAACAUGUGCUGGGUCUUGUUCGCACACUUGUACAAGAGAUGGACGCAAAUUUUCUGAAUUAGUUGGCGGAAGUGGGCACGGCUUGGCCGCCGUAUUGGAUGCUAAUGUCAUGUGCUCCGUUGCGGAUCCAUAUCGUGGGCAAUCCAAUAUUCUAGUCCACGAAUUCGCCCAUACCGUUCACAGACGCGCAUUGCCAUACUCGAUAAAAAAUCAGAUUACAAGCGCUUUCCAAAGCGCAAGGCAGAAUUGUACAUGGGACAUAUAUUCCUAUGCAAUGAGUAACGAAAUGGAGUAUUUUGCCGAGGCUGUGUCAAGCUUCUUCAACGUGGAGAGAUUGCAAUCAGCAGCCGGUGGCAUGAACACAUGUGGUCAUGGAUUAUGCAAUAAUGAAAACGAAUCCAAGAAUAACAUAAAACAGAAAGAUCCCAAGUUAUACGACAUCAUAAACCACGUGUUUCUAAACAAUAAUGAAACAAAAAUGGCAAACCUUGGGAAUUGUGUCACGUGACCAAGGUCUUGUGAGCAAUAUAAAAGGCGAUGAGACAC